AUGGCUGACCAGGCGAUGAACGGCGCGGAGGCGGAGGAGGAGCUCCUCGACUACGAGGAGGAGCACGAGGAGGAGGCGGGCAAGGCGGGUCAGGCCAAGGAAGGCGGCGCUGAGGUCACCAAGAAGGGCUUCCUGGGCAUCCAUUCCACCGGCUUCAAGGACUUCCUGCUGAAAUCCGAGCUGCUCAAGGCGAUCGUCGACUGUGGCUUCGAGCACCCGUCGGGCACGGGCCUCCGCAUUUGCCUCGGACACGAGUGCAUCCCGCAGGCGAUUUUGGGCAUGGACAUUCUCUGCCAGGCCAAGUCGGGCAUGGGCAAGACGGCCGUCUUCCUGCUGUCCAUACUGCAGCAGCUGGAGCCGCAGCCCAACACCGUGAGCGCCAUCGUGCUGUGCCACACGCGCGAGCUGGCGUUUCAGAUCUGCCACGAGUUCGAGCGGUUCGGUACCUACAUGAAGCACAUCAAGGUGCUACCCUUCUUCGGCGGCGUGCAGACCAGCCAGAACAAGGAACAGCUCAAGACGGACUGCCCGCACGUCGUCGUUGGGACGCCGGGACGGGUGAAGCAGCUUGCCAAGGAUGGGGACUUGAAGCUGGGGAAGGUCCGACACUUCGUUCUGGACGAGUGCGACAAGAUGCUGUCAAAGAUGGAUAUGCGGGCCGACGUGCAGGAGAUCUUCAAAAUGACGCCCCACGACAAGCAAGUCAUGAUGUUCAGCGCCACGCUCUCGAAGGAAAUCCGGCCAGUCUGCAAGAAGUUCAUGACGGACCCGAUGGAAAUUUAUGUCGAUGAUGAAGCCAAGCUCACACUCCACGGGUUGGUACAACACUACAUCCUCCUCAACGAAGAUGAGAAGAACAGAAAGCUCAACGAUCUGCUGGAUGCACUGGAUUUCAAUCAGGUCGUCAUCUUCGUGAAAAGUGUGCCACGAGCCCGAGAGCUGAAUCGCCUUCUCAACGAAUGCAACUUCCCAUCUGUCUGCAUUCACAGGGGCAUGCAGCAGGAGGAAAGGCUGGGUGUGUAUAAGAAUUUCAAGGCAGGCCACAAACGAAUUCUGGUUGCCACUGAUCUUGUGGGCCGUGGCAUCGACAUUGAGCGGGUGAACAUAGUGAUCAACUACGACAUGCCGCAGACGAGCGACAACUAUGUCGGCCGUGCUGGCAGGUUUGGCACAAAGGGGCUGGCAAUAUCAUUUGUGGCGUCUGAGGCAGACUCAGAUGUCCUGAAUCAGGUUCAAGAGCGCUUCGAUGUGGACAUCAAGCAGCUUCCUGACUCUAUUGAUUCGUCAACCUACAUGAACCCUGCAAGCUAG